AUGUCGGUUUGGGUUGUGUGCUUUGUUUACAUUCGUUUUGAUCUAGACAUCGGCCCGAAGAUUGAAUACAUCACCCCACACGAUGCACUUACUGAAAAUGGGAAGAGUGAGGUCAUCAAGUAUGCUUUUCCAGAUUGCAACCCGGAUUGUGACCACAACUUCAUCUUCAAUUUUAGUCUAGAGGAUUGUACACAGGCAGCUGCACAAGUGAUACCCGAGACGGUGGUUGCGAACCCUGGCAAAGGCUCUAUCAUCUCAAGGCUUUACGGUGCUGCAUACUAUAGACAAAAAUACGACACCCGAGUACAGCGCUCCUACGUGCAGCAAGCCAUCGUCCUACUUUCUCGACUGCCCUUCAUAGCCGCCCACGAACUUAUCCUACGCACCGUAGCUCCACGCUUUGCACAAUGUUGCACACUUUCUCCAGAUACGGAGUUGACUACCAUUUCGGGCGCUCUGUCCCCAUUCCCAUCUAAUUUCUAUCACAUGGAUCCGAGCUAUAACCCAGAUCAGUAUACCCCAAUACAAGUUCUUGAUGAGGCCAUCAAGGAAAUUGCCGGGUGGCCUUCUCCGCAUCCGCAGGUACGCUACGAAGUACUCCUCCUCCACCAGGUUCUGGUGUUUGUAACAGGUCCGCACUCCUUCAUAGCGGCACAGCCACACCAAUGGCAACAACACGCCGUCAAACGACCACCAUUUUCCCUAGAUCAUCGCGUCUCUUUCAUGAAGCGGCGAACCUCCAUAGGAUUUGACGCCUCAUCUAAAAUAUUUUACUCGCAAGAGCUGCUCCCCUUAUUCGAUCUUCUUGGUGAGCAUAUCACGCACUUGACGUACCUAUGGGAGCUGGUUAUCAGCCAUGAGCCGCUUUUCAUUUUGAGCAAUACUCCAUCGACAGCUUCGGCAGCGGCUAUGGCCGUAGCCUCACUUGUAUCCCCGAUUCCAUACACAGGGGUAAUCUCUUCAUACUUUACAAUGCAAAGUAAUGAAUUUACGCGGUUCACCCGGAUGGGCAAGGCUUUGCCUUUUCCCACCACGGAAGGCAUGAUCGUCGCCGGCACCAAUCCUCUUCUUAUCCGCAGUUUUGACGGCUGGCCUAGUUUGCUCGCUGUGGUAGAUCGCUUUGUGCGAGCCAGAGGAGAGGAGCCACACACUACCACAUCGGAUUUAGGUGACAGUGCCGCCGCUCAUCGGAUUGCAUCUCCCAUUACUUCUUUAUCGCCGAAUAGGCCCUUUUUACCAAUCAACACAGCGUUCCCUACUAACUCCGCUGGUUGUAAAGUUACUAAACAGUGCUUUAACACUACAAGUUACUCGUCCUCGCCGUUCCGCAUGAGGCGUUGGGCGCCUUCCUCCGGUGUAUCAAACGGUGGUUCAGAAAGUUUCCCGGUAUUGUGCCCACAAGGAGCAUCUCAGGGUGAAUCGAUAACUGUAACAGAAAAAGAUAAAACUCCCAUACUACCGUAUGGUAGUUUCUUUCGCGGUAAUGCCACAAAUAAAAGUGGAUUAGCCUCACCAACGGUGGCCUCCUUAUCCAAACACAAAGCUAAAGAUAAUCCCCUACCUCUUCACACAUCUGGAGGAGGGUACGUUUGCGAGGGACUUGAUAUAAAGAAACUAGAUUUGAAUGCUGAUCCACCAGGCUCUUGCCCAUCUCCGCAGAGUAGCUCAUGCUUUAGCAAGAAUAGUCGACAAUUUAUGUCCUGUAGCUCUAAUUCUGCAAAUUAUAGGGAUCAUGACGAAGGAAGGUUAGAGCUGUGUGGAAAUGCAACUGCUUUUGACUCAGGCCGCCGGUAUCGUUUGCAGUCCAGCUCAACAGAGAGCUCGAGCGACCGCUUUCCAAUCUCUGACGAUGAUAUCCCAGAUGAUCUUGACAAUUUCGGAGGUGGCGCCAAUGACGCUAAACGCACAGGCGAUAGUCAACACCCUCCGUUACCGCAUCCUUCACUCCCUAUACACUUUCCGCAGCGUGUUGGAUCGACGAUAGUGCCUUUAAUCACUUCAGUUACCUCUGUUCUGGACGUUCAACCCCAACUUCAGUCCCUUUCCAACCCUACUCUGUCUUGCUCACACUCCGGAAAGGCUUCUGAAUUGAAGCAUACAACGAGUCAUCUGCGAAAUAACAGUUACGAUUAUACUCCCUUGGCCUCGAAGCAUGGGCUAGCGUCGAAUGAGAGCAAGCUCUUUACUCCGGAGCAGUACAGGACCUUAAGGGAGGAGGCUGCGCACACGCCGCAGAGGGAUAUAUCCACGAGACUGUCCAAAGGAAAAGAAUCUCGAAACCGACUGCAGCACCGUCUAGUGAAUCAUUUUGAUUCGACGUUUAACUUUUUACUCAAUCACAAGGAGCAGACCUCAUACUUACUGAAGCGUUUGGAGGCGGCCUCAGCGAGCGAGAAGGAGGGCCAAAUCCCUCCACUAGCUUCACACGUUGAUCCACACCAUUGCGAACGCAAACUUGAAUGGGUACAUUGCAGCAGCACUUCUUUCGACGCGUCGGAUGCCGUUAGUUCUUUCAGUGAUCCACCGUUUUCUCAGUUUUCUGUGGGCAACAGCGUCAUGAGAAAGUUUUUCGACUCCUUAACUCACGAGUUCCUUUCCCCCAUCACUUUCUGGUUCAUGAAUGUAACCCGUAGCAUCUCCUCGUUCAGCUUGUGCGAUGUGUCUGUCGCGGAAUCGAUACUCUGCGCUGACAAAUUUCUUGAUUUCUUUCGUGAAAACCACAAAAGGAUUGCCCCUGGUUUAUGGACACGACACCACCGAUACACGAAAUAUAAGACCAUUUAUGAACGCUUCGCGCGCGGGUCACUCUUCCAAGCGUACGUAAAGCAGCUUCUUGGGGAAAAGCUGUUCAGGGAGUUAGAUGGGUUUGAGAUAGAGGAAUGGGUUAAGGCAUUUCCGUACGAGGCUGAACGAAUUGAUAUGAUAAUUAAUUUGUAUAAUGUGGCAAAGCGAGAACUUACGCAUACCUUAGAUCCGGAUGUGGUGUUCAUCACAUCUGUCACCUCUGUGCUCGCUAGGAUGGCUCUUAGAAUUGAUCAGCCGUUGCAGGACCAGCUUUUAAUGAAGAUUGCAGAUCUGAAGCUGUAG